GGAAGGCCGAGCGAGGUGAGAGUUACUCCACACACCACCACCACAACAACAACAUCGUGUACAGUGGUGAGGCGAGUGUUUACAAACCAUGAGGUGGACAAGCUGGACCGCGGCGGUGCUGGUGGUGAUGGCGGCCUUCAUGUUGUCUGGGGGAGUGUCGGCUCCAGCCAGACCUUCCUCCCUAGCACGAGUUCUGGCCCCCGUGGUGAGACAAAGGUUAGAGGAGAGCCACCUGCCGCCGGCGCUGGUGGAGGAACUGGUGCAGGACUUUGAAGACCCUGAACUACUGGACUUCCACGACGCGGCGGGCAAGAGGGAGUUUGACGAGUACGGUCACAUGAGGUUUGGUAAGCGAGGCGGCGGGGAGUACGACGACUACGGUCACUUGAGGUUUGGCAGAAGUCUGACUCACAGCGACCAACACCACCACCACGACACAACCGUUAACUAAACACACACCUUUACACGACAAGUUAAUUAAUUCGUGUGUGUGUGGCGCCAACGAAACAAACCGUGGGAGGAAUUAAUGUAUUUUUGAUAAAGUAUAUAGUCACAGGUUCUCAAUAUGAUCUACACUACAUUAGAACGUGUAAACAUCAAACACGACGGGCUGCUUCACAUGAGGAUGGUGACGUAGUGUUGAUAUAUCUAAGGUGAAGUCAUCAGUGUUUGGAUCACCAUGCAUAACACACCGAGGUUUAGUUUAAUAAUGGUUUUAUGUCGUGCAGCAACUGGACAAUUGAUGAUGAUAAAUUGAAUUACUUUUCCCCAAUUUCCCAUCCCACAAACUAUAACAAUGUGCCAUAACACACCGGGAGGUUAACUUAAUAAAAGUCAAAAUCACAAAUCCCCCCAAAAAUAUUUAUAUUCCAAAAAAUACAAUACUAUAUUUGUUGUUCUUUACAGCAUAAUAUAUACUAAGAAAACUCACAUUAUUAUAUUUCCACUGAACAGGUAUUUACUACAUCACCUCCAAUUAAAAACAAAUAAUAAUUAAAAAACAAGAAAAACAGACACAUGGCUUUUACUGACCCCCCCCUUCGACAAGUGUUCAAAGCAUGGUGAACUUUUUCCUCUUAUAUGAGCAAAACUACAACAAUAUCACCAUAUUAAAAGCCUGAUAUAUUAGAUCUAUAUUUGCACUCUAUUGCUAACUAAGGUGUGUUUUGAAAGAUACAAUUAGAGUGUGUUGGUGCGUUUGUUUCACGUUGUAUUAUGAUGAUGAUGAUGACGUGUUUUGUCGACUAUGUUGUUCUUCCUGUUGUUAUAUAUAAGAUUUGUGGGUCCCUAAUAAUCUCAACACACGUACAGACACAUCAACACGUGUUAACACAGGUCAAAGGUAAUUCAUGUUUCGUCAAGGCCUGUCAAGACUUAUGAAUUUGUUAAGAUGUGUCAUAAAGUGUCAAGACGUGUCACAAGUCCUUAAGUGUAGUGUAGUGUCUUGUGUGAAGUGGCUGGGGCAAAUAAAACCUUAUCCUGUA